AUGCAAAUCAGUGAUCAGGUUCUUAUACAUGAAAGGUCGCACACCAAAAGCGAUGAGAUGAAAGAUGUUUAUGGUCACGAUGCAUCAUCAUACGCCGUAGACAAGCACUGGUACCACCAGUUCAAAUGUGGUCGGACAUCAAUGGAAACUGCUCCUAUUCGUGGACGGCCACAUUCCGUCAGUGAAAGCGACACCAUCCAUAAAGUGGAAGCCACCAUUUUGGAGGAUCAAGAAGUGAAAAUAAGUGUUGGAUUCCAGAAAAGAAUCAUUGACGACCAUCUGCAUAUACGGAAGUUGCUGUCUGCACGAUGCAUUCCCUGGAUACUCACACCUUUUCAGAUGCAGGAACGAGUCAAUUGCUUCCAGGUUCUUUUGGCAAUGUGCCAAGAAAACAAGGAGGACUUUUUCGGCAGACUUAUCAUACAGAAUGAAACAUGGCUCCGUUAA